AUUUUCAUCAAUACGUGCUGCAUUAUUUUAUACUGAAAUGUGUUGGUGCAUGCCAUAACAACACAGACUUCUCCUUGAAAUGAUUGUUUUGUCUUCUUAGUUGGGAUUCUUCUUACAGAUUCUUACUCCUCCACCUCCUGACUCUCUGUCUGAGGGCAGGCAGCGGAAGCAGCAGGAGCUGUACCCUGAUUUCUCCUCAGAGCUGGCAAUGAAGCAGAUGCUCUGGCAGGGACGGCUCCUGCCUCUUUUGUUGUGUCGGCACAGAUAAAAAUCGGAUGAACACGGGUAAGGACCACCACUGACGCCUCCUCACAGCGAGCUGUGCUCUCCAAGCCUGCAUCCUGAAUGUGCGACAGGCUCUCGGCAGGAUAACGGGGAGCUGCAAGGAUCGGUGGCUGGGAGAAGAAGAAGAGGAGGAGUAGGAGGAGGAGAAAAAAGAGGAGGGGCUGGCUUUGGUGGUGGAGCUGGUGGGCUUUCUCUGCUUCACAGACACAUUUUAUUGACUUGCUAAUUGGAUGAGGCUCUCGGAGGAGAGGAUGCAGUGACCGACAGGAGCUACUCUUCAGAGGAUGGAUUCAGGCACAGAACAGCGUUGCGUAGAUCCGGCUACUUAAACUGCCUUGGGUUUUUUUUUUUUCAGACAUGACAACAGAUGUUUCUGUGACCCUCAGAGCGUGGAUAUAAUUUUAUGCAUGACACCGUCGAACGGACUCUCUUUUUUUCCAGACGCUUCGUGACAAGUGAAUGAUUUCCAUUUUUUCUGCUCCUCUUACCCUUUUUUCCUUUUUUUUUUUGAAAGCUAAUCAACUGGAGCUAUUUUUUCCCGGCCCUUCUUGAUCUACCGUUUGAUAUGAAUUUGAUCAAUUCUUCAUCAGUCAAAAUGUCCAAGAGCCCUGAAUGGAUUUGCUUCAGGGGGAAAAUGAAGACUUGCCCCGAUUGCCAUGACUGAGGUGUGCAGCUCUGGUGAAGUCAGAGAGCAGAUGUCACCGUGCUGAGAUCUGCUGUCCCAAUGAGCAAAGCAGGUAACCCACAGAGACGCACCACCUACCUCAUCUCCCUCACUCUGGUGAAGGUUGAGGCUGUGCCAGAGGAUGUUGCAGAGAACCAGACGGAGGCGCUUCCAGAGGGGGAAGGGAGCCCUAAGAAGGAGGAGGAGGAGGAGGAGGAGGAGGCAGAAAGGGCCGGAGUGAAUGCUACCCCAGGAAAAAACGAAGGACGUUCAUGUGUGGAAGUGGAAGAGAAGGAUAAAACACCUGUGAAAGAGGAAGUGGAACAGGCGCAUGCCAAGUAUGGCAGUCCUGCUGAGAGCAGGCCGAAGCAUGAGAGAUGGGAGAAAGACAUUCCGUCUGUUGGCAAAGGCAAGGACACUUCUUUUAUACACCAACCUGUCAGGCAGAUGAUCAAAGUGUAUGGAGGGCCAACAUCUGAGGGGACCGUGCGCAGAGAGGGGCCCCGCUCAGAAACCUUGCGCCCCAAAACAGAGCUUUACCAGGAGCCUCCUAAGCUCUUCCUGAAGGGUGAAAAUGGAGCGGAUUUGAACAGCCGUUCACGUUCCAGCCUUUCCUUCUCCGUCCCGCCACAGAUCAACCAGCGGACAGAAGUUGCUGUGAGGUUACAAGCAGGAGGGAACUCCAUGGGCUGGAGGGAGCUGAUAGAAACUAACACGAGCGUGUACCACACAGCUAAGACUUUGGAGCGGAGGGAUAACCAGCCCCCUCUGACAGCAGCAGCAGCAGCCCUGGGGCCUUACAGGGCCUCCUGGGCGGACAGUGACGGUAGAGCCACCCUCAUUCGACCUGGAGCGCCCAUGAGUGGAGGAUUCUCAAGUGUAGUGACCCGGGACAGCUCCCAGGGAGAACGAUACAAGGCAGUUUCUGUUUCCUUACCCGCUGCACCUACCCCCGAUGUCUCCAAGCUUCCGAGAAAAGGUACAAGUUGUACCCUUGACAACAGUGAUCUGCACUCUUUCUCAGAGGACUUCAAAAAAGGAAAGGAUGCUCAGGGAGGCACAAUGCAGCGAGCCCCCCCACGUGAUCGCAAAAUGCUGAAAUUUAUUAGUGGCAUCUUCACCAAAAGUGCAGCUGGGCCAGCCAGUGCUAACAUUGUGCCUCCUCUGUAUCCAGCUGUGGAGAGGGGCUCCAGUGAGGAGGAAGCUGUGUGCACCAGCAGUCAGGAAUGGACCUUGACUCAGGCUGUGCUGGAGCUUCACCUGGGCGUUCUGGGCGGUCUUUGCAGCGGGAAGUCUGCUCUUGUCCACAGACACUUAACAGGAAGUUACGUGGCUCUGGAAAACGCAGAGGGACGCCAGUACAUUAAGGACGUGCAGGUGGAUGGACAGAGCCACCUUCUGAUCAUCAGAGAGGAAACAGAACUUCCAGGAGCUCAGUUUGCAAGCUGGGUGGACGCAGUUAUCUUGGUUUUCAGCUUAGAAAACGAAUCCAGCUUCCAGGAAGUUUACAAAUUUUACCAACAGCUUGCACUGCAUCGACCCAUCUCUGAGAUACCUUUCAUAGUUGUUGGCACUCAGGAUAAGAUCAGCAGCACCAACCCCAGAGUGAUAGAUGACGCCAAGGCCAGGCAGCUGUGCUCAGAUGUGCGGCGGUGUACAUACUAUGAAACCUGUGCGACGUAUGGCCUCAAUGUGAACAGAGUCUUCACUGAUGCUGCUCAGAAGAUCAUGGCGGCCAAAAAGCAAGCUGCACUGCUGGCUUCCUGCAGAUCUCUUCCCAAUUCUCCCAGUCACUCUGGAGGCUCCACGCCAGUGUCUGGCAUCUUUCCAGGACAGGCCAGUAACGGCGGUCAGAGCAGCGAUUAUUCGUCAUCUCUUCCCUCCACGCCUGUGAUCAGCCACAAAGAGAUCGGCAGAACAUUCAAAGGGGAGAAAGCCGACAGUGGCGGCCCUGGAUCAGUCCGCAGCGUCCGCAGGCGCACUCCCAGAUUUGCGGGCCGCAGAGGAAGUGAUUCCAAUAGAAGAAGCGCAGACUAUAAGGGAGAUUUUGGCAUCGGCCGAUCCAUUCCUAUCAAACAGGGCGUCUUACUGAAGCGCAGUGGAAACUCGCUGAACAAGGAGUGGAAGAAGAAGUAUGUCACGCUGUCCAACGACGGCAUUCUGACCUAUCACUCCAGUGUGAAUGAGUACAUGCUGAAUGCUCCGGGGAAAGGGAUGGACUUACUGCGAGUGACAGUGAAGGUGCCGGGGAAGCGACCUCCUCGCGCCGUGCCAACGUGUGGCCCCCCUGCAGGACUCAACGGGCGGGUUAAAGAUGUGCUUGGACCCGAGGCCCCUGUGAGUCCUGGCAGCCUCCUGCAAGCGGGGGAGAUGGAGGAGCUCGGUGGGACGAUGUUCCUUAGGGGUAACCUAGGAAUGCAGCAGUGUUCUUCCACACUAUCCAACAAUGCUCCAGGUGUUGAUUCUGCAGUUGAAGGAGUCUCCAGCUCUUCUUCCACCAAAGAUGCAGGUUCUGCUUCCCCGCUGACAGACAGGAAGAAGCAUCGCAGAAAGAAGAGUAUGAAUCAGAAGGGAGAUUCAGCCAUGGGCCAAGCAGAUGCCAAACGUAAAAUGUGGAAGCUCAAAAGUUUCGGUAGCUUGAGGAAUGUAAGCAAGACAGAGGAGGACAACUUUGACUUCCUUGUCGUGUCGAGCACGGGGCAGACGUGGCACUUUGAAGCCCAGAGUGUGGAGGAGAGGGACUCCUGGGUCCAAGCCAUUGAGAGCCAGAUCCUGGCCAGUCUGCAGCUCUGUGAGAGCAGCAAAAACAAGGAUGGAAGGGACAGCCAGAGCGAGGCUGUGGCACUGCAGGCAAUCCGCAACGCAAAGGGCAACAACUUCUGUGUCGACUGCGACGCUCCGAAUCCAACGUGGGCCAGCCUGAACCUGGGGGCUCUCCUUUGCAUUGAGUGCUCUGGGAUUCAUAGAAACCUGGGAACCCAUGUGUCACGGGUUCGAUCACUGGCCCUUGAUGAUCUGCCUCGAGAGCUCACGCUGGUCCUGAGUGCCAUCGGAAACCACAUGGUCAACAGUAUAUGGGAAGCCCGCACGAUGGGCCACCGAAAACCAGCACCUGAUGCUACUCGAAAAGAGCGCGAGACCUGGAUUCGAGCCAAGUAUGAGCAGAAGCUGUUUGCUGCGCCAGUGCCUCCUCCCACUCCCAGCGAAGGGCCAGACAUCACUUUAUCUGGCCGUCUUCUGUUGGCAGUGAUGGAGCGCAACCUGACCAAGCUGCUGCUCCUUUUGGCCCACUGCUCCAAGGAGGACAUCAACGCUCCAGUGAGGCUCCUCUCCAGGUCGCUCUUCAAGCUGCGGCUGCCCGGCUCAGCCCUCCAUGCUGCCUGUCAGCAGGGGGACGUGGUGAUGACACAGCUUCUUGUUUGGUAUGGCUGCGAUGUACGAUAUCGGGAUGCUCAGGGGCAGACUGCACUCGCUUUGGCUCAAAUCGCCGGCAGCCAGGAGUGUGUUGACAUCCUCCUGCAGCACGGAUGCCCGAAUGAACCGGCCCCCUCCGUCACCCAGACAGCCGGCUUUGCAUCACCGGGAACGCCCAGCUUCCCAGUUGCCAUGACACCCAGCUUGACUGCUGCCACGACUCUCAGGAUGCCGCACAAGAGCGGCGGCGCCAACCUGAGUUACAGCACCUCCAAAAGAGCUGUGUCCUAAUCGCAGCGGUGAAUGUGAGCUUGUUGCUUUGCCGUCAUAGUGUCUGUGUGUCCACAACAGGACUCGUGCACGGAAUGACACCUGUUGCACUUCUUGGGGGCAGAGGGCAGAUGGGGUUUUUGAGGUGUGCAUUUCAGGUAUGCAAACUGGUAGUUUCUCCAAAACAAAAAGGAAGAAAUUCUUCAUCUGCCUACAUGUGAUGCUUUCAGAUUUAACAGGAAUGUACUCCACUGUUUUUCCGCAUUCAUUUCAAAUUAUGUUGCCGAUAUUCAACUCUUUCCUUCAUUCUAAUGAGAAUGGAAAUCUCCCUGCAGCCUCAAACUACUUAUAUGAAGUAUGAAAGCUGCAAUAAAACCAGCCACAUGACAGUGGCUUUCAUCAAACUCUUAUCUUAAAUGUCAGAUCAAAAUUUUGACAUGAAUGUGAGUUUAAAACUUUACCAGAGCUGGUCAUUCUGUGCAUAAAUUGUGUAUUCUGUGUGUUGAUGUGAAAAAGAUGGUGAAUGGAAAGAGGACGCCAUUUUAAAGAAGAAAAAAAUUGCCUAAAGUGUAUUGAUGAAAUAGUAAAAUUCAGAAAAAAGUGCUUAAUUUUCCAGGUUGUUAAUGUAUGAUUUGUACAGUUACAGUCGGUUCUGUGUAUAAAACUUAAGUGGUUGCUUAUUGCUGUUCAGAGAUUUACUGUACAGUUUUACUUCACUUUUUAAUAUGAUAAACACCUGAUUACUGAGAUUUCUAUGUUACGUCAAGUGUUUCUGACUUGCAAGAUGUGCACAUUAGAAUGCUAACAUACAGUCAUGUGAAAAGGAAGCUCAUUUCUCUUUAAUCUUAAUGGCUUAAAGUUGUUUAUAAAAACCUCUGGCAUUAGUUAUCAGGAGAAUUUUGCAAAAAUGAAGAGAUCCAGUUCAUUGGCCUGGAAGAGCAAACUUGUUCAAUUAACACUCUGACUGAUGAUUAUGGAUUGACCCACUUUUUGCCAAAUGGUUUCAUUUUCUUGAGUUUGCAGAGAUGUACGGUUCUCUUAUGACUCCGGGGUAAGAACCUAAACUUUAAGAUUGGAGUAAAAUAGGAAGCACCAAAGAGCAUUUACUGCUGUGAUCAUAGUUCUCCUGCAUGACCCAGAUGGUCUCUUGUUUGACUUCAGAAGAUUUUAGUUGUUGUUGACACAGAUAAAGAACCUACAUCUUGCAAAAUCAACGUUUGUUAGUUUUUAAGUGUAUUAUAAUGUUCAUUCAUCACUAUAAACAACCGCAAAGCGGUAUUUUGAUCCAUUCACCCAUUUCUGAGUGUUUCCUCUAAAAACCUCCUCUCUGAUCACCUGCCUCUCCCAAUCCACAAAAACGAGUGGGCCCUCACAUUGUGAUGUCACAAAGCCCCAUCCAGGAAGAGUCUGCGCUGCCAGCCAGGCUAACACAACACACCCCCUUUCUCUGAGGAGUUACGAGUGAUUCUCAACAACGGUCAUUUUAUAUGGACAAUAUGCACAUCCAUCUUUGCAAAAGUUUGGAUGUUGUUUGUUUUUGUGGACUAAACGCAGACACACUGCCGAGGUCGGCUCUAUGUUGACGUCAUGAAAUGGGCGGCACCCACACGGAGCGAAAGGCGGUGCCUCAGGGAUCGAGUCGUCUUACUUCAGAAAAGGAAAAAGGACUGCAAAAGUAGCUCACAUUUGUUAAAAAGAAUCAUUCUUUAGUAUGCCAAAGGUAACAUAUUAUCAUAUAUAUGGAUAUAGUUUACUCUGAAAGGGUUAAGAAUAGCAUGAUAUAGGCCCUUUAAAGUCCUGUGGCUUAACAAUUAGCCCCACAUCAUGAUUCUUCCGCCAACAACACUAGAGAGUGGCUAGAAUUACAUGUUUUUUUCUUUUUCUUUAUUUUGUUUUGAAAACUUGUGUCAAACAUCUCCACUGUGAUAUGGAGACGCUCAAAGGCAGCUUUGCAGAAUGAAGUUUUGCUUAAAUUCCUUUUUUUUCUUGAAAGCUAUCACAAAUGUUCUACAUUUGUUCAUUUUUUCUCUCCAGUUUUACCAGCAUUAACUUGAUAUUUCAAGCUGUCUAAAGUAUUGACUUCUCUUCUUUCCUGUGAUUCGAUGAUGCACUCUUGGUAAGAUUGGAUGCAUUUUUGUUCAGUAAUUCUUAAUGCUGAGCUUUGAGUUUGGUUUUUCUAAUGUGAGACAUUAUUUAACUGAUUUUAAAGCAAAAAAACCUUUGAGUUAAAGAGGGUGAGGCUUGUUUUUCAUGUGACUGCUGCUCACUGUUGAGGUUAGUGUAAUAACAGACAUGUGAAUGAAAAAGUGAACUGACUGAAUGUAGACAAAAAGAGAUGAGCUACUUGUUUCAUAUCCUUAAGUGUUUUUUCAGAUAUAUUGUUCUUUCAUCUGACAUCCUUGCUUUUUUCAUUAGGAGAAAUUAAAAGUUUGUUUUGACCUAUGAAAACGUCUCCUCCGAUAAAUCUGAAUACAAAGCAAACAAGCAAACAUGCAGCUGAGGAAUGUUCUCGUUGUUUUCUAAAAAAAAAAAAAAA